AUGGAAUCCAUCUUUAGUUAUUAUAAGAGCAUCCCAGCCUUCCGUAAGACAUUUAGCCUGGAGGACUUCUUAGACAACAGCUGGAGAAACUAUAAUGCAUCGGUAGCCAACAACCACUACGCUCACAAUAUUCUGGCUUUUGACUUUGGCUUUAAGAAUAAUAUUGCAGCUGGUGCUGGAGACUUUGAGGAGAGAACCACUGUGGCUAUUAAAACCAUAGAACAGGACUUUAAUCUUAUACUAAUUUCUGAAUACUUUGAUGAGUCCAUGGUCUUGCUCAAGUACUCCCUCUGCUGGUCCUUGGAAGAUAUGGUUUCCUUUCGGCUCAAUAGUCGCAGUGAACAAACUCGGCAUUCACUUUCACCGAACACUGCAGAAAAAAUCAAGAAGUGGAAUGCUUUAGACUGGAGGAUUUACCUGCACUUCAACACAACCUUCUGGCACAAAGUUGAUAGUCUUGUUGGACGACAGAAGAUGGAGAGAGAAGUAGCUCAGCUGAGAAAGCUACAAGUCAAGCUUGCAAACACUUGCCUGAAAGAUAGAUGUGCGGUUGACCCAUCACUGGUAAAGGAUGCUAGGCUGAAGCCUUUUCAGUAUGGAACAGCUGUCAUUCAGGGCUAUAACCUAAACCCAAACUUAAAUAUACAAACCAAAACAAAAUGUCAGAGAUUUAUCUUACCAGAACUGCAGUACACACAUCGUCUGUACACCAAGCAGUUCCCAAAGGAAGCUGCUAAGCAUAAACAGGCAACUAAGACUGUUAAAUAA